AUGGACGAAAACGAGAUCAUUGACAUUUCCUCAGACGAGUCAGAGAACGGUAGCGCAGGAGACACAGAUGGAAAGAGGGAAUUUCUCGAACCUAUCGUACAGGGGGUUGUAGACGCUCUCGGAGGAUACGAAGAGAACGUAUAUCGAAUGGGAGACCAGGUCAAUGGCUGCUUGAAGGACUUGAAGAAGCUUUGGCGCAAAGAUGAGACUGAUGAUGACAGGACCGUAGCUCGAAUCUUCUGGAAAACACGCGUUUUACCCAAUGACCUAGUCCCUAUCCUUCUCGCGACUGCAGGACAGGGUCUUGUAGAAGACAAACGCGCAAUUGCUUGCGCGGACCUAAUGACCGCAAUGACAUGGCCUAUCGAUUUAGCUGAGGAGUUGAAGGAAUUGGACGACCAAUUGGACAGUAAAGCCGAUUAUACAGAGUUGUUGCAGAGUCAUUUACAUUACAAGGCAGCAGUACUCAAGCCUGGGGUAUUGGAAGCCUUAUUCGGUAUCGUAUUGCCGCCCUUGACCAAAGGCCCACAGGAACGCACAGAGAGGGACGGUCAAAUUGUGAAUGUCGUUUUACAUCUUGUGCGGAAUCUGGCUUUCAUCAAGGAUCUUCCGGCCAAUACAUUCCUCAGUGCUGAUCAUGCGGAAUUUUCUUCAAUGCAAUCGAAAUUCAUUCGCAUGCUGUCCGAUUCACAUAUACUACAACUCGUCCUCACUAUCGCAGCCAAUAGUGACAAUGACCCUCUUUUCGACAGUUGGAACACAAUUGUUUUGGAGAUUAUCUACCUGUCGCUUCGUGGAGUACAACCUUCCUCACUGUCAAUGGAUCAAUCCAAACGCCCAGCUGAUGAUCUACACCGUCUCCUUGCUCAAGAGGAACGUUCCAAGCGCCACUCAUCGCGUCAAGCACCUACUCGUCAUUCCCGCUUCGGAACUACCAUUGCCGUCAAACUCAAUCCGAACAGAAAGCAAGCUCAGGCGAAUACAGACACGAAUACAGACGCUUCUGGCGCGCUCGAUCUGUCUUCAUCGAAGAAAUCACAGACGUUCGUUAUUCACAGGCAAGAGGGAAUCACUGGAGAAACCGGGGCUUUGUGGGAUAAGUCUAAGCGUCAAAAAGCUUGGAAGGGACACAAGGUGGACGAGUUGGCCAGUUAUGAAACACUUUCGAUUGAGGCUAUGAAGGUGCUUCAAGCCUUUGCUUCAGAUUUUCUCGAGGAAUGCUUCAACUCUUUUCUAUCAAUCCUACUGAAGGACAUUCGUUCUGAAAAGGCCAAGAUCACGGAAAAGGAUAAUCUCCGUCUCCUCUAUGUGACAAAGUGGUUUCUGGAUUUUUUCUUGUCCAGACGAGCAUUUGCAUCAAAAGAAAAGGACACAAAAUUGACCGCUACGAAUGAAGACCUUGAUGAGCAAAAAUAUGGAUUCGGAUUGGUUGCUGAGGUACUCGAGCGACCGUGGAUAAUUUGGGUGUUGAAACGAAUGAGGGAGGCUGUUGACGAGAAGCCCAAAGCAUGGACAGAACUCCAAGCAGGCAUCGAGUGCCUUACACAACUCCUUCUCCUAAUCGACUCGAUGUCCUCAGUCGAUAUUUCUGACCCAACACUAAGCGAAGCCGCAGAAGUCUUACAACAGCAACUCAUCUACAGCGGAGAAGUACUCGACGUGACUUUUGAUAGUUUGCGGACGUAUAAGGAGGGCACGCAGUCGUUGGCGUAUCUGAACUCCAGUGUUUAUAUGGCCCACGCGUUGCUGAAAAUGCUGGAGAGGUGGACCAAAGGGAAGGGAAAGGAUGAGGUAUAUGUGAGGAAGAAGAAGACAGGGAAGGGGAGAAAGAAGAAAGGAGAUGAAGAAGUACCAGAGGAGGAAGAGCCUCAGCAACAGGAUGAUGACGAUGUCGUUCAUGAAACCAUGUUCACUUUUGAAGCAUUUGAGAUGAAAUUUGCUCACGCUGAUAUAACGCAUACACUUCUCGUAUAUCUGUCGCGCUACAAGGAUUUCACCGACUCUGAACAAAUGCGGCGGGUAGUGAGCUUAUUGCAUAGACAGGCAGUUCGUGCCAAAGCGGAGGGAUUGUUCUUCAAAGUUUCUACGCUCAACCUUUUCAAAACCAUCGUCGCCGACAAGAAAUCGUUCCCCCCUGAUCAACCCCACAAGGAUUUGAUCAACUUGAUCAAUUAUAUCCUUCGACAGUUCUUCAAGGCCUUGGAACAAGAACCGUUCCUAGCGGUCGAGGCGUUCUUUCCCAAGAACAGAGGGAAUUGGAAACAAUACUCUAGUUGGGAGCCACCGCCAAAGGGUGGAAAGAGUAAAAGCGUUGAAGAUAUUCGAUUCCCUCAGGAAGUCCAAGUCAAAAAGGGAUAUUCCUGGAGCGACCAAGUCGGAAUUACGAUUGCUUCCCUUGUCGAGGCUGGUCAGACAGAGCUUGUACUUUGGACCCAGGAGAUCUUACAAACAGCCAAAGCCGAACGCGAAAGAAUCAUUGAAGAAGUCGACAAGAAGGGCGGCGAUGACUCUGAUGGAAACGUUGACGACACUGAUACCCAGUCAAAGUUGCUUGGUCCGUCUGUCGACGCGCAGGCUAAAUUGACUGACUACCUCAUACCAUAUCUCAGCGACGAACACGCUGAUGCCGCGACAAAGAAUCCGAAUCUCAAGCUGCUUUUCCGUCUGUCCAAAUGUUAUAUCCUUGAUGAAGACGCAGACGAACUGGAGUGGUAUGUGCCAGCGGCGAUCCUUCCAGCGGAACUACAUAGCAUUAUCACUGUCAUAACGCAGUUCCUCGAGACGCCGUUCGACCUCGAGGGAAAGAAGGCCUCUCAGUUAAUGAGCAAGAAGUCACGUCGCCGUCGAAGGGUCAAGGCUCCCGAGUUAGAUGCAGACGAAGACGAAGAUGAACCGCGUCAACAAAAGAAAAAAGAAAAGAAGAAAAAAGAAGAAGUACAGUAUAAAUCUGCGCAGUUUAUCGAAGAUAGUGAUGCGGAGUAUGGAGAUAUUGAUUCGUUUUUGGAACUAGAGAAAAAGAGGAGGGAGAAAACGGAGAGUGCCGCUGCUGCUCUAGGAGAGGGAAGGAGUGGAGCGAUGAAAUCCACUGGGACGAAGAAACGGCGUAGAAAGGCAGGUGAUACGGGUAAGAGUGGGACUGGGCAGAAGAAACGGAAAGGAGCAGAGGACGCAGUUGAGAUUGCUCCCGCAGAUAAUUCUGAAUCUUCUUCGGAGGACGAAUCAGAAACUCAUGGCCGAACUAAUGACGAUGAGGAGAGGGUAGCGAAGGGCGGGACGGCAGAGGCUACUAUUGAAAAACCUCGUCCGCGACCAAGGCCUAAGCCGCAGGCACCACCUCUCGACGAUUCUAUGAUCCAAUCUUUUUUGCUGUCACAAGCAGAUGGUGAAGAUCAAGCGGAGAGUGGUUUUCCACCGACCAAGGCUGGUUCAAGAAAGAAGGGUCGUUUAAUCAUUUCCGACGAAGAUGAAUGA